AUGGAUAAAGGUUUCCGUGUGGGCUCCACAGUGAGGUCAGAAACCAAGGGCAUCUGGAUGUGGUGUGUGGUCCACCCCUUUAAUCCCAACCACACUCUCGUCCUUCUGGAUACUGAGGGCCUGGGCGAUGUGGAAAAGGGUGACUCAAAAAAUGACUCGUGGCUCUUUGCCCUGGCUGUGCUUCUGAGCAGCAUGUUUGUCUACAACAGCAUGAGCAGCAUCAACCACCAGGCCCUGGAGCAGCUGCACUAUGUGACUGAACUAACAAAGUUAAUCAGAACAAAGUCCUCUCCCAUCUCUGCUGAAGUAGAUGACUCAGCCGAGUUUGUGAGCUUCUUCCCAGACUUUGUUUGGGUUGUACGGGAUUUCAUGCUGGAGCUGAAGUUAGAUGGACGCACCAUCACUGAAGAUGAGUACAUGGAGAAUGCCUUGAAGUUGGUUCCAGGCAACGAUCCCAAAAUCCAGAAGUCCAACAUGCCUAGAGAGAAUAUCAGGAUGUUCUUUCUAAGGCGAAAAUGCUUUGUCUUUGACCGGCCUACAACUGACAAAAAAUUAUUACACCGUAUGGAUGGGGUUUCAGAAAACCAACUAGAAUGCAGUUUCCAGGAGCAAUCCAAAAAUUUCUGUCAGUAUAUCUUUGCACAUGCAAAAACCAAGACCCUCAGAGAGGGAAUCAUUGUCACUGGAAAUCGGCUGGGGACUUUGGCAAAGGCAUAUGUGGAUGCCAUCAACAGUGGAGCAGUGCCUUGUUUGGAAACUGCAGUGAUAACUCUUGCUGAGCGUGAGAAUUCAGCAGCCAUGAAGAAGGCAGCCGACCACUACAGCGAGCAGAUGACCCAGAGAGUGAGCUUCCCCACAGACACUCUGCAGGAGCUGCUGGACCUGCAUGCAGCCUGUGAGAAGGAAGCCAUUUCAAUCUUCAUGGAGCACUCCUUCAAGGAUGACAAGUGCGAGUUCCAAAAGAAACUUAUGGGCACCAUCGAGAAAAAGAAGGAAGAUUUCUUGCUGCAGAAUGAAGAGGCAUCUGCCAAAUAUUGCCAGGCUCAGCUUAACCAGCUUUCAGAGCCACUGAUGGAAAAUAUUUUGAGAGGAACUUUCUCUGUGCCAGGAGGAUACAAUCUCUACGUAAAAGAAAUGGACAAGGUUGAACAUUCCUAUAACCUGAUAUCCAAGAAAGGAGUGAAGGCAAAGGAGGCACUCCAGAACUUCCUGCAGUCACAGACUCCAACCAAGGAAUCCAUUUUCCAGGCUGACAAAGCCAUCAGUGCUUGCGAGAAGGCUCUAGCAGCUGAGCAGGCCAACAAGCAGGCAGUGGAAAAGGAACAGCAGCUGGCAAGACAGAUACAAAAAAUGGAGGAUCAAGAAAAAAUCUCCCAGGAAAUCUUAGUCCAGGUGAAGAUGACAAAGACAGAAAUAGAAAGCCAACUGAAAAAUCAGGAAAGAAUGCUGAAGCAAAAUAUGGAGAAGUUGGAAGAAAUAAAUGAAAAGGUAAAUAAACUAACAGAAGAUUUAAAAAAACAUGAAAACAACUCUUCAAUAAUGUCAAAUUUAUCAACCCUGGCAAACCCUUCAGUAAUUACAGCACUACUUGAGCUCAUCAAAAGUGAUUAAACUCCUUUAAGGAACCUGGUGAGAAUUUUUCGUAAGUAUCUU